UGUACGUCUUAUGCAUGCCAUGAUACCUGGCCAUAAAAAAAAACAUCAAUGAAAUAACUCUGACCCACAAUAUCUUUAUUGGGAUGUAGCAUAGAGAGUAAACCGCACAAAAGAAAAAUUUAACUCCUAUCGGCCGGGCUAGAGAGAGCGUCGCUAAGGGACGUAAGCAGGGUUGCGCACGCCGGCGCAUUGGGCGGCGCGGAGUAAUCGACAGGCACUCUGGGAGGCGGCGGCCAAAAGCGGCAGUCGCGCGCCGCACCAUGGAGCCGCAGCUAGGUGAAGCGGCCGGGCCGGUGCCCACCGCGAGGCCCCUCGUCAACCCCGAAGAGUUUGGGGAAGUCGAUACCACCAGGUACCCGGCGCCAAAAGACGCCACGCACAAAGUGCGCGGCCGUUAUGACGUACUAGAGCUGAUGUGUGGCGCCGGCACUGUUGACCCUGAACUGCUCACUGUCAAGACUUUUUACUUCUUCUUCUACUCUGCCUUCGGCUCCCUUUUUCCUUUGAUGGGUGUUUACUUCAAGCAGAUGGGCAUGAAUGCCGGCCAAUGCGGGCUGCUGAUCGGGACAAGGCCAUUUGUUGAAUUUCUCUCAGCACCGUUCUGGGGGGGACUCGCAGACCGUUGGCAGAAAGGACGCACACUUCUAUUGGCCUCGCUUGGCGCGUGGAUUAUAUUCACAUUGCCUCUGAGUUGGGUACAGCCAGGCGCAGUGGCAUGCGUUCAACCGGUCAACAGCUCAGCUUACGUACUGGCGCCUCCACGGUACGAUGCGGACGCUCCGCCGGUUCCUCACUCUUUUCGUACACCUGUUGGGUCGCGCUCAGGCUCACCGUUGCCCGUCUCCGAUGCAGAAAACUAUGACCCCUCCGCCAAUUCUGACUGGGUGACACCACUGCACUCCUUUAUCGUUUAUACUACGCCCAAUAUUCAGAAGACCUUCUUCCUGCUCCUGCUUCUCGUGGUCAUCGGAGAGUUCUUUAGCGCUCCAGCCAUCACACUCGCCGACUCAGCGGUUAUUACCUUGCUGGGCGAAGACGCCGACAGGUAUGGGCACCAACGCAUGUUCGGGUCAUUGGGUUGGGGUCUCGCUAUGUUCUUCGUCGGCAUCGCUCUGGACCACAGCACCGCCUUCAGCACGCACCCGUGCGGUGGCCCGCAGCGUUACGAGAAGAAUUAUACUAUCUGCUUUGCAACCUUCUCUGUACUUAUGGGUGCCGCACUCGUUACUGCCACCCAGAUCCGAUUCAAAUAUGAACCACCGAGCGUCGAAAAUGAAGUCGAACCGCCGGCAAUAAUAACUAGCGAGAUAUCUCGAGAGGCACAAAUGCAAGCGCAACUCGCGGCGCAGCUGCAACUACCGGGUCUGGAUACGAGUGCACCUGACCCACAGCCCCCGCCACAACCAUUACACCACGCCAAAGUGUUUGCGCAGACCACUCGCGAGAUGCCAGAGUGGGUCACCGUGCUGCGCCAAUUCCAAAACGUUAAGGCGGCCUCAUUUCUUCUCGUUGCCUGGUUUAUGGGCUUCGGCAUUGGCCUAAUAUUUACGUUCCUCUUUUGGCAUCUUCAGGACAUCGGAGGCUCACCUACUUUGUUCGGGGUGGCGUCAGUCAUCAAUCACAUUUCGGAAAUAUUUGCCUAUUUCUUCAGCUUUAAGCUCAUCACACAAAUGGGCCACGUAAAGGUGCUGUGUCUGGGGCUAGCCGGCAAUGUGGUGCGGUUCUUGUACAUUUCAUGGCUAUCAGACCCCUGGUGGGUGCUACCAUUUGAGUUUGUACAGGGAGUCACGCAUGCGGCCGUUUGGGCAGCGUGUUGUUCGUACAUUGCACACGGCGCUCCACCUCGGCUGCGCUCAUCCGCGCAGGGUGUACUUCAAGGGCUGCACCACGGGCUCGGGCGGGGUUGUGGCGCUGUAAUCGGUGGCAUCGCCGUCGCGAAGUGGGGUACUACGCGUACCUUUGCCGGCUACGGAUUGCUGUGUGCAGUAGCACUGGCGGCGUUUGCUUUCGUUAACUUCCGUGAUGCGGGUGACGUUACGGCUGGAGCCGGUGGUGGCGGCGUCGACGGCGAGGAAGAGGCGCGCGCUUUUGCAGAAGCAGGCGUGUUAGCACCUCACGGCGUGCCCUCAGCUCCACUGCCACGUGCACUGUCCUCCACGCGCCUCGCUGAUCUCGCACACCAUGACAACUAUGGUGCCACACAGAACUACAGUGGCGGGGAGAGCUUAAGCGUGCCGGGAGGUGGUCCUCCUGCACCGUCACCCGCCAACCCCUUCCUCAGUGAACAGCCUGGCUCUUACCGAUAAACGACACUGCCACACACUAGAGUUCUGAAACGUACAUGUUUUGUAGCAACUUGUUAACAAUUAUAUUUAUAGUUAUUUUAUUAUUGUGCUCUAUUCCAAAUGUUGGCAAUGUUUUCUAUAUAUAGGGUAUGCAAUUCUAGGGAUCGUGAUCUCGCAAGAUCUCGUGCUAUUUUUUUGGAUCAAUCUCGAUGCUUACGGUACAACGCUAACAGUAUCAGACAAGUAAUUUCUUCGACGAACAAGCGUAUUUCUGAGCGUCCAAUAUACAUCUAUAACCCCAGCGUUGUUAUAUUUGAAAAUUCUUAAAAUUAUAAAGAUGACUUGGAACAGUUCUAAGAAAUUUUCCAAUUGCCUAGAUAAAAGAUACAAAAAAUAUGAAUCUAUAUGAGGUUAGGGGAGCACGGAGUAAAUUUGUAUAUUUUGCUUACAGGCAGCACUCUCGAUACUCUAGGCUCCUUAAGAAGUUCCAAAGUCCAAAAUCACUCAUAACUAUCUAGGAUUAUGCGAUCUCGCAAAUGCCGAGAUCUCAAGAGAUUGUAAUUCUUUAUCCCACCAGAUCUCAAAUUAACGAUCUGCACUUGAGAUUGCAUUCCCGGCUAUAACACAUCCCGUUAUAUUUAUUGUUUAAAAUUCAGAUUUAAUGUUUUUUAAUAAUGUUAAGAUAUUUUUUAUAUUAAAUCAGAUUUGUUUACUAUAUUAAUUUAUUCCAAUAUUUAAUAUUACCUCAAAGGCGGUUUACUUUACAUAGGUAUAAACAAAAUACCUACUUUACUUUGUAGUUAAAUAAACAUUAGAUAGUAAUGUACCUCAAACUAAUUUAUUAAAGAUGUCUAAAAAUUAUUUAUGAAAUGUUAUAAUUAUGACGUAGAAAUGUAACAAAAUGUAUAAUAUUAUUAAGAUAGAAUUCUAUACCUAUUAUCUGAUAGGAUACUUAAGUGUUGCUUUACAUAUGUAUAGAAUUUAAUGUUACCAUUAAAUGUGCUAUUUUAAAAUACUUAUAUAAUAUGCUCGCCAGCUACAGCUGCCCAGACUAGCUCAUUAAAAUGUUGUCCAUUUCAAUGUCCACGGCAAAUGUUUAUGCAGUAUUCUAUGACUGGGUGUAAAUGUACCCGACGUCAAAUCGCUAGCGUCUUAACGCACAUUCUAAAAUAACGAUCUCACCCAUAAUUGAUUCAAUACAUCAACGAGAUAUACGAGAUGGACGUGUUUAAUUGAUUCCCUACAUCGAAUCUUAUAACAGAUUGGGUUCUGUCGCUGUUCUAAAGGAUUGUGUAUUAAACACAAUAACGACGGCAUAUAUUAUGGCGCCUUCUGAAGUUAAAUAUCAAGCGAUAUUAGAGAAACUGAAUUUGUAGGCCUUUGUGGUAUAGUGUAAAGUAUAAUAGUAUCUACGAUGUCAUAUCAUACAGUGAUGUAAACUUGGGAGCCGCCGAUCGCGGUGCUUCGCGAUUCAUAGUAUUACUAUAAUAGGAAUAAUAAAAAGUAAUUUUGUUGAACGUGUCGUAGAUGUUUAUCGUUGUGUACUGCUCGCGGCACAGUUAUAUAUUUUUGCACCGGUCACCGGACCUUCAUAACUCUCAAUCUUAAUAAAUGAAUGUUGAACAAUUGAGUGAUUGAUUUUAUUUUUAAUCAUACAAGAUCGUAC